AAUGGUUAGAUCAUAAUAAUUCACUUGUACGUGAAUCUCUUAGCUCAAUGAAUUGAUUAUCUACAGACAACUUUCCUUGGUGAAAACCAAGAAACCCAUUUGACACAUUUUAAAUACUUAGAAAAACAAUGAUUUGUUUCACAUUAAAGUAACUGUAAGAAGCCACAUAUCAAUGUUUCAAAUGUAUUUCUACUACUAGUGUAAUUCUCCUUCAUUGGAAACAAUGCAAUUCUGCGGUAUUUUAGAUUAUUCCAAUCAUAUUUCUGGGAAGAAAUAUAGUAAAAUGAAAUCUAUACAUGCAAUUAUGCAAUUUGUCUUGAGACAUUGAGGGGCUAUAUAAACGCAGCCAUCAGUCAACAUAGUUAAUUAGAGUUUUGAUAGGCAGACAAUAUGCAAUACAUUAUAGGGCUCCUGCUUUUUGGGCUUGCUUGGCAAAACAUCCUCGCCAUGAAUAUCCACCCGAACUUAUAUGCCUAUGAAGGUGAUUCUGAUGUUUCUGAUGAUACUAAUGAAAGUAUGAUAUCAUUUCGGUUGGAAAAACUGGAAAAUCUAUUAAUGAAAAUGUCAAAGAAUAUUGAUCGAAAUAGCGAUUUGUAUGGAGAGUUUCUCCCAAAGAACAUCGUUAGGGAACCGCAAAAUUCUUUAUUUGGAGAGAAUGCUUUGCCGUCAAGCGAAAUUGCAGGAAGUGAAAAUGCGUUUUUCCCGGAAGUCCGCAUCUAUAACGGAGUAAGCAGAUUCAUACAGAUUGAAGCGAAGUCUUACUAUAUCGAGAACGCAAAGAAGCAAAGCUGGUCGGGAGCCGAUGACAAAUGCAGGCUGAUGGGCGGUGUCCUGUUUAGUCCUCGAAACGCAGGGGCUUGGGAAACUCUAAGAAUGAACCUGGAGCAAAACAAGAAUUACUGGACGGACAUCCGCGUGAACGUCUCCUUCGUAUUAGGCAGCAGCGAUGAGAAGGCCCAAUUUCUGGAUUUUGAUCCGUAUACUCCAAACCGCGAUACGUGCAUAGAAAUUGGAUAUAAGUCGUAUCAUUUAAUGAACGAGGUGCACUGCAACACUAAAAACUAUUAUGUAUGUAAAUUGGGCUAGUAUUAAAAACUAUACCAAUAAAGUCAACUCUUAAGAUAUCAAACUUGCUGUACGAAAACCUUA